UCUGGAAGAGCCAAUCAUAAACAAGAAAUCCAGUUUUGUAGCGAGGUACCCGAGUUCUGACUGGGGUGACCACCGAGAGAAGGCGGGGCGGGAUUGCAGAAAGACCAUCCGAAGCCCGAUCUCGGAAUUUCUGUUCGCAGCCUCUUAGGCAGGCCUGGGACAGGGCUGGAAUAGCCCAGGUCGGCCUGGACGGGCCUCGCCUUCCAAGAGUCUGCUCUGAUUGGCGGCGGUGGGAUCUCGAGGAGCCAAUCAGAAGUCAGGACUCUCGGUCCAGGACGAGGGGCGGACGCAGGAGCUGCGAGUCAGGCGAGACCUCCGAGCUAGAGCGCAGGACUGCGGCUAGAGUCACGGGCUGCUGGAGAGUGGGAGUCACCUCAGGACCUCGGGUCGUUGCGGAAAUAAUGUCAAGUGGAGAUGGUCAGCAAUCACAGGCUCUUACCAAACCCACUUUCAGUGAGGUACAAGCCUCUGCAUUAGUGGAAUCGGUAUUUGGAUUAAAAGUUUCCAAGAUCCAGCCACUUCCUAGCUAUGAUGACCAAAACUUUCAUGUAUGCAUUUCAAGAACCAAAGACACCACAGAUGGCCCAAGUGAGUAUGUCCUCAAAAUAAGCAACAGCGAAUCAAGCAAAACUCCAGACCUGAUUGACGUGCAGAGUCACAUCAUCAUAUUUCUGAGAGCGGCUGGAUUUCCAACAGCCUCCAUGUGUCGUACUAAAGGAGACAACAUAACCUCUCUCAUGUCAGUAGAUAGCGGCUCUGAAAUCAAAAGCUACUUGGUGAGGCUGCUGACUUAUCUACCAGGAAGGCCUAUAGCUGAGAUUCCCAUGAGCCCCCAGCUAUUAUAUGAAAUUGGAAGGGUAGCUGCCAAAUUGGAUAAAACACUGGAGAAAUUCCAUCACCCAAAGUUAAGUAGUCUUCAUCGGGAGAACUUCAUCUGGAAUCUGAAAAAUGUUCCUCUUUUGGAGAAAUACCUGUAUGCCUUGGGCCAGAAUCGGAAUCGAGAGAUUGUCGAACAGGUUGUUCAGCUGUUCAAGGAUGAAGUAAUGACCAAAUUAAGUCAUUUUCGAGAAUGUAUCAAUCAUGGAGAUCUUAACGACCAUAACAUUUUAAUAGAGUCCAGCAAGUCAGCCUUUGGAGAUGCUGUAUAUCAAGUGUCUGGGAUUUUAGAUUUUGAUGACAUGAGCUAUGGCUACUAUGUGUUUGAAGUGGCAAUCACCAUCAUGUACAUGAUGAUUAAAAGCAAGACUCCUAUACAAGUAGGAGGUCAUGUCCUUGCAGGGUUUGAAAGUGUAGUCCCACUGACACCUGUGGAGAGGGGUGCUUUGUUUCUACUUGUAUGCAGUCGUUUUUGUCAGUCACUUGUCUUAGCUGCAUACUCUUGCCAGCUAUACCCAGAGAACGAAGAGUAUCUCAUGAUUACUGCAAAAACUGGGUGGAAGCACUUACAGCAAAUGUUUGACAUGGGCCAGAAAGCUGUAGAAGAAAUCUGGUUUGAAACUGCCAAGUCCUAUGAAUCUGGGAUCUCCAUGUGACCAGAUAAAAAUUCACACUAACUUGGGUAAUUAAAAACCAAUAGGACCAAAUCUAAUUCCAUAAAGGGUUUCCCUGCAUAGUUAAAGAGGAAUUGAUGAAACAUUGCAAUGCACAUGAAACCACUAAGGUCUUCUAGCAAUUUCAUGACCAUUUUUUAAACCUAAGAAAGUACUACAUGAACAAGCAUGUCUUUCUAUGGGUCUCACUUGCCUUGUGUAUCAAACAUGUAGAGUGAUAUUUCUGAAUCAGAUAACCUCUCAAGGUCUGUUGCAGCCGUGAGAUCAAUGAUUUUUUUAAGCUUUGAAAGGAAUAUAUAUGUAUAGACAUAUUCACAUAUUUUAAAUAAGUGGGUGUAACACGCAGACCUAGUUAACAUAGCACCAAUUCUAUGAAGCCUUCUCCCAUCUCUUUGUUGUCCAGAAUCCCAUUGCACCCUGUCUUCUGUAUGGCACAUCACUUGGUAUCAUGGAUGAUGGCUGUGUAGUCAUCUAGCCUAAGAGCUAUUUGAGGGCAGAAACCAUGUAAAACUUUUUUUGUCUUUCAUCCCUUUUUACACCUGGUAUAGUGCCUUUCCCAUGGUCUUUAAAAAUAUUUACAAAAUUAAUGUAUCCUAGAAGAAAGGCUGGAGAAAAUAAGGCACACAUAAUGCCUUAGGAGGAAACACACAUGGUAUUCCUAAGAGAAAGCUUUAACUUGUUUGAGAGAGCAGUUGAAACUGUAACUCCAGAGAUAGAUGCCAGAACUCACUGGAACUGCAAGGAAGCAAAUAACACACCCAGGCAAGGCCACUAACUCCUGAAGUACCAAAAUAGUUUUCAUAUCGAUACUAAGAAAGACCCUAAGCGGAUAUUUUAAAAUUCUCUACAAUUUAUGUUUUUCAUAUGAAUAUGUAAUAUUGAAGAACAUAGCUCACAUGUACUUGACUUUAAUCAUACCACUGUAUUUCCUUCACUGAUUUCUCUUCAUGUCCCCCUUAGUAUGAUAUAGUACAUAGCUGUUUACUUGUCAUUUUAACCCUCCAUUCUCUACAGAUGACUCAAGUCUAGAACCCUGGCCAUUCAAACACCUUCUCAGUAGUUAUCUCUUUCGAUAUAUAUGAGAACACAUUGAUUCUAUAUCUCUCCAUCUAAUGACCUAACUAUAGAGCUAUCUAUACUCCCCAAACUAGGUAUCUCUCUGAAUUUUCGUGUAUCACUCUUGUGUCAUCCUUAUAUUCACCUUUAACUUCUCUGCACCUCAAUUUCCUUAUCUGUAAAGGUGAAGUAAUACCUAUUUUAUAGUGCCUGUAGUACCUCAUAGAGUUAGUUGUGAGGAUUUCUUAGCAAUUAAUGCAAAGUUCUUAGCACAGGGCCUGGCACAUAGAAAAGACUUAAUAAAUACUUACUAAAUGAAUAAACAAGGUUACCCAAACUCAAAAUAUUGGAGAAGUUUUCUUUUUGCCUCUCUCAUAUUCAAUCAGUGAUCUGAUUCUUAGGAAUCAGAAUUUUAGAUCAGUUAAUGAUGAUCAAAUCCCUGUCCUUCCUGCCUUAGUGUUUAACAGUAUAUAAUAAAAACAAAUAUUUACUGAGUACUAAGUAUUUAAAAGAAAACUCCCUCUACUCUCAUAACACUUCUGACGCUAAACAUGUGGCGUUUUCCUUCGCAUUAAACAAUCCUGACACUAACUGUUUGGAGCUAGAGCAGACCCCCAGGUUAAGGGCUCAGUCCCACAAAACUGCCUCCACUUCAGAUGCCAGCCUCAAGUCCUACGUUGUACUUCUAACCAACUGGCUGUAAGUUGGGGGUUCCCAUGACCCCCUCCUUAGGUUCUACAGUUUGCUAAUACAGCCCAAAGAACUCGAGGAAAUGCUUACUUAUGUUUAUUAGUUUAUUUUAAGGGUAUAAUAAUAAAUGAACAGACAGAGGAAGAAAUACAUAAGGUGAGAUCCAGAAGGGUCCUGAGCACAGAAGCUUCUGUUUCUGUGGAGUUGGGGGUGCACCAUGCUCCUGGCAUGUAGAUCUGCUCACCAAGCCAGAAGCUCUUGAACCUCUUUGGUUAGGGCUUUUAUGCUGGCUUCGGUUGAUCAAAUCAUUGACCACUGGUUGAUCAAAUCAUCUCCCCUCCCCAGAAGGUGCGGGGUGAGGCUGAAAGUUCCAGCCAUCUAGUCACUUGGUUGGUUCCUCUAAUAAUCAGCCCCCAUCCUCCAAGACUCACUUCAUUAGCAUAAAUUCAUGUGUAGCUGAAGAGGGCUUCUUAUGAAUAAAAAAGAAGCUCCUCUCUCCCCUACCGCUCAGCAAAUGACAAGAGUUUUAGAAGCUUUGUGCCAGAACCGGGGACAAAGACCAAACAUAUAUUUCAUAUUACAUCACAGGACUUUACAUGCAUUAUCUCAUUUAAUCUCCACAAAAAAACCCGUGAGAAAAGUAUUAUGAUUUUUUAAUAGAUCUUUAUUGGAGUAUAAUUGCUUCACAAUACUGUGUUAGUUUCUGUUGUACACCAAAGUGAACCAUAUGUCCCCAUAUCCCCUCCCUCUUGAGCCUCCCUCCCACCCUCCCUAUCCCACCCUUCUAGGUCAUCGCAAAGCAGGAGCUGAUCUCCCUGUGCUAUGCUGCUGCUUCCCACUAGCUAACUAUUUUACAUUCGGUAGUGUAUAUAUGGGACUUAAGUAAACUUAAAAGCUUUUGCACAGCAAAGGAAACCAUAAACAAGCCAAAAAGACAACCGUCAGAAUGGGAGAAAAUAUUUGCGAAUGAAACAACAGACAAAGGAUUAAUCUCCAAAAUAUACAAACAGCUCACAGAGCUCAAUAUAAAAAAAAAAAAAAUCCAAUUAAAAAAUGGGCGGAAGGCCUAAAUAGACAUUUCACCAAGGAAGACAUACAGAUGGCCAAGAGGCACAUGAAAAGAUAUUCAACAUCUAUUAGAGAAAUGCAAAUCAAAACUACAAUGAGGUGUCACCUCACGCCGGUCAGAAUGACCAUUAUGAAAACAUCUAGAAACAAUAAAUGCUAGAAAGGGUGUGGUGAAAAGGGGUCCCUCCUGCACUGUUGGUGGGAAUGUAAAUAGUACUGUUGUGAUUAAUCCCCAUUUUCAGAGGAGGAAAUAGAUGCUUAAAAAGUUGAAGCAAUUUGUUCCAAGAGAGCCAGGGACCCAUACCACUUCCUCCUCUCCUCCUUUCUCCCCUCCCCUCCUCUCCUCUCUAUGGGCACACAUACACACCUGUGUUAGGAGGAUCAAAUGAGAUCAUUCACAGGAAAGCACUUAUGCUUCUCAAAUUUAAGGGGUUGUGAUUUUUAUCUGGCUUGACCAUUCAGGAAACUGGGGACUAGAAAAAUGAACUAAAACUUGCAUUUCACUCCCAGACCAGUGUUCAUUUUCUUAUACCAUGAAACUCUACAGAUUUCCUACUUGCUUGCUCCUCCUGCUAACAUGGAUUCUCUUCCACUGAAUUAUCUUAAUGCAAAUAUUGCUGACCAACUCUUUAGAUAUUUAAAUAUGGGCUGCCUUGCAUUGAUAUUUUACUAUUUGGUGUUUGCCCUAGCUUAUCUCCAAUCAAUCAGGUCAAUGUAGUUUAUAAACUCUUUGCUGGCAUAAAUUUAAUAAUAUUUAUUUCAUUAUCUUCAGAACGUAGCUUGGUGCCAGGCACCUAGCACAGCCUUAAGAGAGAACCGUCUGAUGAACUGUUAGAAUGAACGCAUGUCUACAAGUGCUGGUCUUUGGUUCUUUCCACCAAUGAGGAGGAAAACCAGUUCUAGAUUUUGGAAUCAAUACCAUACCUCCAGCAAAGACUACUCUUGCAAGUAUCUUUUUCUGUCCGGGCUUUUAUCCCCUCUAGACUGCAACAGAACUUUACUUUCUGGUGUUAUUAUCCUUAAUCUCUGCACCUUACAGCCUUCAUAUUAGGGCCAGAUAAAAACUCUCAUUACAAUAUAUUGCUGUGUGACAAUUUAACCAAAAACUUAGUAGAUUAAAAGCUCAAUUUUUUAUAUCUUAUGGAUUCUUCAGGUCACGAAUUCAGACAGGCCCUGGGACAGCUUGUCUCCGCUCCACAAUGCCUGGGGCCUCAGCUGGGAAGACCUCAAUGCUGGGGGAGAUUCAAUGAUGGGGAACUAAAAUCAUCUAGAGGAAUCCUCACUCACAAAUCUGGCCAGUCAUGCUGGAACCUCAUCCGGGCUGUUGGUGGAAUAUCUCUCCAUUUGGUCUCUGCUCGCUCAUGGCAUAGUGCCAGGGUUCCAAGAAACACCUUCCCAAGAGAACAAGACAGAUAUUUAUUUUUUAUGACCUGCGUUUGGAAGUCAUAUGAUGUUACUUCCGUUGCAGUCACAGGCCCACCCAGAUUCAGGGGAAGGGGACACAAAACCUCUCAAUGGGAAGCAUCCAUGCCACACUGUAGGAGGAACAUGUGGGAUGGGAGAUCAUGAGGCUUCAUCAUCCUAAAACAUCACUUUAAUCCUCUUUUCCCACUACCUACAGAGAAAAAAUUCUGGCAUUGAAGGCAUUCUACAGUUUGGCCUAACAUGCCUUUCCUCCUUUCCUCCCUUUAUUGACAUCUCUUCACUCUGGCCAGACUGAGCUACUCUGUCACCCAAACUUGUUAAACUCAUUUUUGCUCCUGCUCUUUUAUCUCAACUGAUCCCUCUUCUUCUGACCUAAUAAAUUCUACCUCUCAUUUAAAACUCUUAAUGCUUAAUUCGUCAGAGUGAACUAAGGUGGCACGGAUCCUCAGAGAGAUUAUGUAAGUUACACUGCUACCUAAGGAUGCUUUCAGAACACCACCUGGCUGGGUGUGGCCCUUGCCAUUUUGCCUGGCUCACCUCCCUAUGUGCCUGGGAAGCAGAAAUGAAAGGAGAGACCUCAAACCACAACUCAUUCCCAGGCUACCUCCUUUUCAAAGCCCAGAUCCCUCAAUAAUAAUUUUUUGCCCAACAUGAAGAGGACAAAGACCCUACCCUGUGGACCUCUUCUUCGAGGAGACUAUAAGCAAAUAACUACAU